AUGAGUUGUUAGUCUGAAUAAGUCGGUCAUCCAUUCACGAAGCUACUCUGUCUUCAGUGGGAGCCUUCACCAACGAUGAGAAGAGGAUAUUUAAUAUUUACUCUCUGGGUGAUUGCCUCCUACCUUUCAGCGGUGUCAUCUCAAGGGCGACAUGACUAUUCGUGCAGGACCUAUCAAGAAGGCCAAGCAGUCGAAGGCCCAUGUGGGCAGCGAUGCAUUUGUAUAAACGAGAGGCUGCGCUACUGUUGUCGACAAAGAAAAGAUUUCCCUUCUAUGACUCGGGAAGAAAGACUUCGCUAUGUGAACACAGUUAUUAAAGCUUCCACCCAUAGAAGAUACAGGAGACAAUAUAAUCGCAUUAUCGCUAUGCAUUCGAGACUGUUUGAUACAGGGAUUCACGACAAACAACAAUUUUUACCGUGGCACCGUUGGUUUCUUCUUCGCUACGAAAAUUUUCUACGCAAGGUAGAUUGCCGAGUGACUCUUCCUUACUGGGACUGGAGUUUGUUCGCUAGUGGUGUUUGGCGGACAGGCAUAGACGACAUCUGGUCCAACAAGCCUUGGGGACUGGGAGGGAAUGGUCAGAGGAAAAAAUCUAGAAGAGCUGGAUGCGUUAAAUCCGGGCGUUUUGGUCAGCGUAAAUGGCGUUUGACACCCUCGGCUAGAAGAGGAUGCCUCCGAAGAAGGUUCUCAGGUCGAGCCCCAGAUAUAAUUGCCCUUCAUCUGACAAAAGCACACAGUCCCCGCGAGUUCACUGAGUUUGAGCUUGACGUGCGUGCCAAUCUCCAUGAUGCCUUCCACUGCCGAAUUGGAGGAACAAUGUGCGCUCACAACUCUGCAAACGCGCCGGAGUUCUUCUUACAUCAUGCACACAUCGAUAAGAUUUGGGCGGACUGGCAGGCAAAGAGCAAUGAUCACAUGGAGGCGUACUUUACAACUGUUCCCAGACACGUGCAAAUGGAGGGAAACGAUUUCCACCCGAGCGAUUACAUAGAUACAUUUAACCUGCCACAUCCUAAUGUAGACAGAUAUGAUGAUUACAUUUGUGUAAUGUAUCAAGAUCCAGCUCAUCCGCUUUACAAAGAGAUUACUCGGCGCCUCGAGAAACUCAGUACACGUGAAGUCCGUAAUAUUCCUCGACAAUACUUCCCACCAGCAACUACAAGACAGUUACGACGUCUUGGAGUGAAGAAGAAAGAAAGGAGACAUGCGAGGAAGCUUCUUAAGAAGGAACUUGAACCCAAGAAAAUAAUCCGCAAGAGUCAGCUACGCAAAGAGUACGAUAAGCUGCUGGGCUUUAACUUUGAGGCUAUUCCUUUCCGAUUCAUAUCCAGAGAUUUGCCAGCGAGGAACACAAGUCUCACAUAUGAUCGCUGGCUUGCUAGAUCUCGAAACGCAGCUGAAAUGUUCUCCGAAGAUCUUGAAUUCUCCAGGCGGGCCAACAUUUCCAAAAGCUAUAUAACUAAUUAAAUACUGGAAACCCAAACCCUCCCUAGCCUUUAAAGCCCCCAGAGUGGUCAUCCCUAAAUUUGUCCUUUCAACAUCAGCGCAUUACAAGGAGGAUUCUUGAAAAGUAUAGGAAACGAUCCCUAAAGAAUAUCAACUCUAAAAUUGUUUCGGUAUAUUAUGGAAACCAUUGAGGGGAAGAUAUUUACUGAAAAUUGGGAAGAGUUUGGAGGACUUUAACUGAAACUUAUCAGUUAUCAGAACUGCUCAGGAUAUAGAUAUGGCAUUAGAGUUAAUUGGGUGAACGAGAGUCACAUGUGUUAACAUUUAAAUUUGAUUCCGAGAUGAAGCUAUUAGAGUUAUUUAGCAGGCAUAAGCAUUUUUUGUCCAGCAUUAUUCCAGUAACUAUUUGGUACAGCACUCUAAGUUUCAGAACAAUAUUACAGUUGAAUUAUGACGA